AUGGCGCUGCGAUGCUUGCGGCAGAAGGAUUUGGCGGAGAACUUGAAGUCGGAAGAGUUCGAGUUGGUGGUGAAUCUGGUGAUUGGAAGCCGGGACAUGGCUGAGAAGAGGCUGCGCUCUUCGUCAACACACAUGUCUUCCAGGAUCCAGGUAUUUGUUCCAAAGAAAGGUCCAAGAAGCGUGGCCGUGAUGGCGGCGGUGGUGGAGAUCAAAGAGACAAGGAGACUCCUGAAUUUUGGGCAGGACCAUGGUCGCGAUGAGGAGGACGACUGGCAGGCUGACCCCCAGCAAGAGCUGUACAACUCCGAGGUGGCCAUUUCAAUGCUCAUUGAGUACAUUGACGAGUACAUGAAAGACCGGCUGCGCAUUUGCGAGCGCUUGGUUGGAGCCUUUUGGCCACGAUCGCCUGCCCUGUCUCACUGGAGCACCAUGGUGAAUCUCUGCAUGGUGGGAGAGGGAGCGCAACGAGUAGGCCAGACUCCCAUCACCUCACGGCAACGGCUGUGCUUGUUGUACGUCAUGGAGGCCGCCGUCAGGCGUGCCGACGACGAGGUGCGCACGGCACGGCCCAGCGAGAAGGAUAAUGCUGCGACCCGGAUGAACGAGGCGUGCAUGCACAUCAUCCCGGAGAUUCCAAGACUCAUGGACCUUUGCAGACCCGAGGAAGAGCAGUUCCUUUUGCUGACACAUGUUUGCAAGAUGCUGGUCGAGUAUGCCGUUCAAAGUGCCCAAAGCCAGGCCAAGCUCUCGGCGAACUAUGAGAUUGAUUUUAUCAAUGACCGUCAGGUGCUGGUGAACUCGAAGGUGCUUUGCCAAGGCUUGCGGAAGGCCAUCGAAGACUUGUCGCCCAUGGAGACCAUGAAGAAUAGUGCUGACAGCUUGUUGGCCCUCGCUCGGUGCUUCGAGGAAGCAAAGAACACCUUCCUCGACCUCUCGAAGGAGGAGCUCCGGCCGGUGAUGAGCCGCUUCCUAGUGCUCGCGAACCGCGGCAUUGACCCGAGCUCAGUGAGAGUGACGUGCAGAGAUACGUCUUUUGGCUCCAUGCCGAUGGUCCGACGGAUGCUGAAGCUCCUGCACGAGCGAGUGGAACUCAUGAAGGCAGUGGUGUGA